ACUUCCAGCGAGUGCUACAGAUUGGAAGAGAGCGAAAGAACUUUCCAAAAGCAAAAGUACCGCAAAUGUAAAGUGAAUUUUGAGAAAAGUGUGCAUAAGUAAAGUGCAAUAACCGCGCAGAAGGAGACACAAACAUUGCAUUAAACUAAAAGUUGUUAAUAAAGAAAAUAAAAAAAUAGCAAAAGACAGAAAUAGAGAGAAUGUUAAUUUUCUAUGCAAAAUAUGCACUGCUCUUUGGGCUAAUGUUCGAUCGCAAUGAAGGUGCUCAAUUGCUUACGGAUCAGUUCUACGAGGACCACACACUGCUCAAUGUGGCGGCCUGCAGCAAAGAUUGCCUGGAGAGCAAACAAGCAGAGAACUUACUUGGAUGCAUUAACUACUGCAAUGACACGGACUCGGACUCUUCAAGGGAAUCGACACCGAAGCAUUUACACAAAGUACAGGAUAACUUUUUUUUGAAACUAGUCUGUCGCACCGAGUCCGAUUUGUCAUUUCGUAUUGACUGGGUUCAACAUAGUCGGGAGUUUGUCAACGCUUCAGCUGCGCCGGAUGCCAUGUUUAUCAUCAAAAUAAAUUCAAGGAAUAACAGUUUGUCAUCGUUGAUAUAUCUGUCAGACGAAAGUUUCUUUACAAUUGCCGACUUGGAGGAUAAUACCGAAUAUGUAAUCUCUGCAUUGGCCAUGCAUGCCAGUGGCGCCUAUUCUCACAUAGUCAGCGAAGAGAUCUUCCAGACACUGAGACGUGGCUAUCAGCCCAGCGAAAUGAUGGGUGAAGUUAAGCUGCGAGGAUUUCAUAAACAGCCUGACGAUUGGCGAAGAGUUGCCGCGGAGAUUGAAUGGUCACCAUCGGCAGAGCGCAAUUGUUACUUUCAUCUGCUAUACUUCUCAGAGUCUAGCAGAAGUCUUGAAACCACAGAUCCUGUGGAGUUCCUUGAUCCUAGUCAGCUAUAUACUUAUACCGUACCCAAUAUUGAAGUUGGUGAGCACUUUAAGGUUGGAGUGCGCACAGUUAAUAUCAAGAAUCGUCUGGAGAGUCCAGUAGAAUGGCUGAUCCUGCAAGCGCCCAGCUGCUUGGAUUGGUUCAACUAUAAUUACACACUCUGUGCACCUCUAAAACCCAGCAAUUUGAGUGUCAUUCAGCAGCAUUUGAAGCAGAAUAAUUUGUCACUGAAUGUAACCUGGUCGCUGCCCAAAUAUUUGCCGGAUAACUAUACGCUGCUGAUUCUCGAUCUGCACGAGGACUACAAACCGGCCAGAUUUAAUGUAGAUCGCAAUGCUAGCCAUUACUAUAUAUCCAAUAUAACAAUACUGGGCGAUAGUUUUGAGGUGCAUCUGGUGGCACAGACGCAAGGCGGCAAGAAUGUAACCGCACAAAUGCUGACCAAGACACCGCUAGAAUCCUGGCUUAAAGUUCGCACUAUGAUCAGUUUGAUGAUAAUCUUCCUGUUUGUGCCCAUUUGUUGUAUUGCCGCCUUGUUCUCGCUGAAAUUCCGUAGUCACAAGCAACACUUGGAGGCCAUGGCAACCAAGGCUGCUCCUGCUCAGUCUCCCGAUUUUCACUUGACACUCGCACAUAACAACAGCUUGUUGGCCACACUCGCCGUUGAGGAUAACUUUGAGCUGGACGACGAACUGGAGGUGGAACCACAUGCAGUGCUCCUACAGGAUGUGCUGGGCGAAGGCGCCUUUGGACUAGUGAGACGUGGCGUCUACAAGCAGCGUCAGGUGGCUGUAAAGUUGCUCAAAGAUCAACCCAAUGAGGAGGAUGUGGAGGCCUUCAGAUGUGAGAUACAAAUGCUCAAGGGCGUGGGUCGGCAUCCAAAUAUUGUGGGCAUAGUUGGUUAUUCCACCAGAUUCAGUAAUCGUAUGAUGCUGCUCACCGAAUACUGCGGUUUGGGCAGUCUCCAAAGCUUUCUGCGCGAUGAAUGGAAGUUCCGACAGGAGCGCAGUGCGCAGGAUAUGCGUCUGAAGAUCAGUCAGAGAUCCGAAAAGCAGCAAACACAAACUCUUCUUGAGCCCGACACACGAAUUGAGGACAUUAACAGAUCCAUGCUGUCUACAGUGGAGGAGGAAACCGAUGGAGAUCUAUCCCGCAGCAGUUAUAAUCCCAUUGAUAACUACCGAAUGCACAACGUUAUCCUAGCGGCCGACAAUAAAGGCUAUGGACUGCAGGACAUUGAGAACAUCGAUGCCAAUCCGAUGCCACCUCCACCUAUAGCCUGCCUCAAGGCCAUAUUGAAACUCACUUCGAACAAACCAAAGCCCGUCAAGAACAGCAUUGUAAGCUUCGAGAAUCAGGAGUACUUUCAGCCCAUUGCAACGGACAUCCCAGUGACGGCUCCAAGGGAACCUCUUAAAUAUGCUGAUCUGCUGGACAUUGCACAACAGGUGGCCGUUGGCAUGGAUUUCCUGGCGCAGAACAAGAUUGUGCAUCGGGAUUUGGCGGCACGAAAUGUACUUAUUUCCCUGGAUCGCACCAUAAAGAUCGCGGACUUUGGUCUUAGCCGCGAUGUGUACCAUGAGAAUGUCUAUCGCAAGUCGGGAGGCAGUGGCAAGUUGCCCAUCAAGUGGCUGGCAUUGGAGUCCCUAACUCAUCAGGUCUAUACCAGUCAGAGCGAUGUCUGGUCCUUUGGCGUGCUGCUCUAUGAAAUUAUCACACUAGGCGGCAUGCCAUAUCCCUCGAUCUCACCCAGAGAUUUGCUGCAGCUACUGCGUCAGGGUCAGCGCAUGAAACGACCCGAGGGCUGCACUGACGAAUUGUUUAAAGUUAUGGAAAGCUGCUGGUGCUCCAUACCCGCAAAUCGACCCACAUUUGCUGAUCUUAUAAAGCGUCUGGAUGCAAUGCUGAUGGCCACCAAAGACAUUCCACAGCGUAUACUACAGCAGCUGAAUUCCAAAGAGCACAGCCAAGUGGAGCAGCUUACUCCCCAUGAUCAACAUUAUCUGCAGCCUUUAGAUUAGUCCGGAUUGAGGGCUUUUUUAAUUGUUUACUGUGCAAUACAUUAUAAGUGUCUAGACUGCUUUUUAAAGCUCCUAAAUAUGUUAACUGAAACUACUUUACAAGGCUAAAAAGCUGCAGCGAAUAAAUGAUAAUUAGGCUUAUUCCA